AUGACUCUUCUUAAUCACUUGAAUUUAGAUAAAGUUGUUGUCGUUGGACAUGAUUGGGGUACGAGACCCGCGAGUCGCAUUGUUCUUUAUCAACCUGAACGAACAUUGGGCCUUAUCCUCCUUAGUAUUGACUACAUGGUACCGAGAAUAUUUGAUCUUGAUCAAAUGAUAGCGAUUUCAGAAGCAUAUUGUGGAUAUGAUUCGUUGGGUUAUUGGAAAUUCUUUGAUUCUGAUGAUGCUGCUACAAUCAUUGAAAAUAAUUUGGAAAGUUUCAUUGAUCUCAUUUAUGCAAGUAAUACAACACUUUUCAAGACACAUUUUACUCCUACUGGAAAGAUGCGACAAUGGUUGAUCAAUAAUCAUAGAAUUGCUCGAGCGACUUAUAUGACAGAAAAUGAUUACAAUAUUUUGCGUCAAUAUCUUAGCGAAGGAAUGCAGCCAAAAUUGAAUUGGUACAGAGCAAUUAUUGCCAAUGUUGAUUGGGAAGAUGAAAAAAAUAUCGAUCCAACUGUUCGACGUCAAAUUCUCUUUGUGAGAGGAAAGCAAGUCGAUGUCUGUCGUGAAACAUCUCUUACAAAACAAAGUUCAUUCACGCCCAACAUUGAAAUAAUUGAUUUCGACACCGGUCAUUGGUUGAUGGAAGAGCAGCCGAAAGCAAUUAAUCAAGUGAUCGAAGAAUGGAUUAAAAAAAUUCUAUAA